AUGCUUUUUAUAUUUUUUAUAACAUUGACGAUCGUUUCCGCCCACCAGAGAAAUUCAUUCACGUGUCCUGAUGGUUCUUCAAACUACCUGCCAGUGGACUUGCCUACCAGUUGGAUUAAUGGAUCCGAAAAUUGUUUUGAUAGCGAUGCUAAAAGACCCGAUCUCGCUGCAUUCGCUGUUAAUAAUGAUACUUAUAUUUUACGUGAAAACAAAUGUAUUAAUUAUGAAGCACCGUUUAUAUAUUUACUUUUCAGCAAUGAUACCGUCCUAUUAAUCGAUAGCGGAGCGACGGUUUCAUUGAUUUCUUUACCUAUUCAACAGUAUGUCGAAACAUUGAUACUUCACUGGUGUCUUGCUCAUAAGAAAGUUCGUGAAGAUCUUUCUUUAGUUGUUGCACACACACACAAUCACGAUGAUCACACCGCCGGCGAUGCUCAGUUUGAAAACAAGCUGUACACUACUGUCGUAGGAACAAGUGUUGAAGAAGUGAGUAAAUUUUUUCAAUUAGACAAUUGGCCAAAUUCGAUUGGUACUUAUUCGCUCGAUAAUCGACGUCAGCUGGCUAUUGUGCCCAUACCUGGCCAUGAAAAUUCUUCGAUCGCUUUCUUUGAUUGCGCAACAGGAUUACUGAUAACAGGCGACUCACUAUUACCUGGACGUUUGUACAUAUCGAAUUUUUCUGCAAAUGUGGAAUCGAUUUCCCGUCUAGUGAACUUUAUUGAAUCAAAUCGUCUCAAUGUGACAUCGAUCCUUGGCGCACAUAUCGAAAUGACUCAACGGAAUACAGUUGAUUAUCCACGAGGUGCAACUCAUCAAUCGAAAGAACGUUUAUUGAACAUGUCAUUGGAACAAUUACAUCAACUUAAUAAUGAGUUGCAACAACAAUGGAAAGAUGGUUUCGAUCAUCGACACAAGGCUUAUUUUGAUACAUUUAUAUUAGAUCCUAAACCAUCUGAGUUACCGCCAUUGACACCGGGUGGACGUGUCGCAAAUCACGGUUUUAUUCUAUUACCUCUCGAUCGAUUAGGUUAUGUUUGGAUCUCACACAAGCCUAUGUUUAAAGCACCCCAUGAUUUUCAACUCGUUUAUCUUGCAUCAGUUACAAAUUCAACAGUAGAUCCUUUACCUCUACCAACUGAUAUUACUCAGUUAAGCACGCAAUUUACCAUCGAGCCAAAAGAAAGCUGGUCAUUGAAUGAUUUAAUCAAUGGUAACAUUACAUCAUUUCGAACGAAAUUAUACGCCGGAAAUUUUGAACAAGGUGGUCAAUAUUUAUGCGAUGUGACCAUUACUGUACUCCGGCCAUUAUUAACCGUUGUUCAACUGAACGAAACCGAAGUUGAACCCUAUCAACCAUUGCGUUACUCAAGUUAUCUUCUCUCCAAUUCAACCGUUGCAAAAGACGAUCAUAUCCAUGUUUUUCUACUUCAUCAAAUUCGUGUCCAACCUGACUUUGAUGCCAUCGUUCAUGCCAUCAUCAAUCCAGCGAAUUGCACAACGGAUAUCGAUCGAAGUCAAUUGAAUGCUUUAUUAGAACAAAAUGAAAAUGAAUGGGCAUUCCAUGGAAUUGACAACGAUAUUGGCGAUCGUCUUACGCGAGCCUCGGGUUUAGUUCGCGCACAAUUACUUGGUGACGUUUAUUCUACGAUGUGUACCAUGAGUAUUGUCGCCGAAAUUCAAUGCACGAUAGGGCCUGAGUUUUUCGAAGAUUGUAACGUUUAA